AUGCAUCUGAUGUACACUGAAGACCCGGCGACGGGCAGAAGGAUAUACACCUUGAAAAAAGUCCUUGACGGGACCGUCACAAAGUCUGCACAUCCUGCUAGAUUUUCUCCAGACGACAAGUAUUCGAGGCAUCGAGUGACCCUGAAGAAGCGCUAUGGCCUCCUUCUCACCCAGCAGAAAGAUGAGAAGAAAUGA